CUCACUUGCUCACUGCCGCCCCAUGUACCUUCGGAUCGGAACGUGCAUUCUUCAGACUACGCAGAACGUGUAAUUAGACCCUCUUUUCUCUUCUUAUAUAUUAUGUCUUCUCGAUUAAACCGAAGCCAAUUGGUAGAAUUGGUCAUUGGAAGUGUCCAGCCUACCAUGCCCGGGGGUUGACGGACCGUAAUCAACAUAAGAGAUCUCAGCUCAAACUAUUCGCGAUUGGAACACUGAUUUGAAUCAUUGCAUCUAGUAUCUUCUCCAUUCUACUUCUCACUUGAUCCGUGAUCCCACCCACACCACCAUGGGCUCAGACUUCAACGUCGCCAUUGUUGGCGGUGGAAUAUCUGGAUUGACCCUUGCGAUCGCCCUCAUCGAUGCUGGCGUAAACACCACAAUCUACGAAGCCGCGCCCAAGUUCGGUGAAAUCGGAGCUGGAGUAGCUUUCGGUCCAAAUGCUGCUCGAGCAAUGGAACUCAUCUCACCAAAAGUAUAUGAUGCCUUCAUCGCAUGCAAGACAGACAACAUAUGGGAGAGCAAGCAAAACACAUGGUUUACCAUUCGUGUUGGCGACGCUAGGAAGGGGGAUAAGGACGGCUAUGCUAAGCCAGGCCUGAAAGUCGGAGACGCGUGGUUCGAUGUGAACUUCACAAAUGACUACAGCCGAGGCGGUGUCUAUCGUGCACAUUUCUUGGACGCAUUAGUCAAGCAUGUACCCGAGAGCGCAGCCAAGUUUGGAAAGAAAUUGGUGGAUGUGGAACAGGCAACGGACGGGUCAGGCGAUGUAGUGCUGCGGUUUGAUGACGGCACAACUGCCCAACACAACGCUGUCAUCGGCUGCGAUGGAAUCAAGUCGAAGACAAGAGAAAUCGUUCUAGGCGCCGAAGACCCUGCUUCUCGUGCCGUCUUCUCCGGAAAGUACGCAUACCGAGGCCUUAUCCCAAUGGACAAGGCUGUGGAAUUACUCGGCGCAGAAGUUGCGCAGAACAGUAACAUGUUCUUCGGAUAUCAUGGCCACUUGCUUACAUUCCCCAUUGAAAAGGGUAGAACUUUCAAUGUGGUUGCUUUCGCAUCUCGCGAGACAUGGGAAAAGCCUAAUUGGGUGGUGACUACAUCGAAAGAAGAGAUGGUAGCAGAUUUCGAAGGUUGGGGCAAGACUGUCCAGGACAUCGUCGGAGCCAUGGAGAAACCCGACAUUUGGGCGUUAUUCAUGCACCCUCCCGCCAAGACGUACUAUAAAGGUCGUGUAUGCCUCCUCGGCGACGCUGCACAUGCAACGACGCCUCACCAAGGUGCCGGUGCUGGAAUGUGUAUUGAAGAUUCCCUUGUUUUGGGCAGCUUACUCAAGGACGCGAAGAAUGUAGCCGAUGUCGAGAGAGCCUUUAGUGCUUACGACGAGGUCAGGAGACCCCGAAGCUUGAAGAAUGUUGUCACAAGUAAAGAGGCAGGGCAACUGUAUGAUUUCGAGCUUGAGGGUGAUGAUCUCGAUAAGGUGGAGCAGAACAUGAAGCACAGGAUGGAAUGGGUUUGGAACGAGGAUUUGCCAGCGCAAAUCGAGAAGGCACGGAAGAUAUACCAAGGCGCGAGGGCUAACAUUUGAUACCACCAUCUGUUAGUAUCUUGAAACUCAUUAGAUAGAACACGAGUCGAACAAAUAAAUUCAACCC